GAGCUUUACGGAAAAGAUUUGUUCGGUAAGUAUCGAUAACGAACGUCAUUCAUUCGUUCAUUAUUUUUCUUAUUUUGGGUUUUAUUUAUUUAUUUUUUGGUUGUCUGAUUGAAAUAGAUAAUUCUCAAGACACCUUUUCAGUAACAUCUAGGGGGUACCCCUUUAAUCUUGAGAGGCAGUCCGGGAAAUCGGGUUGGGGUGUGCUGUUUUUUUUAUCUAAAAAUACUAAAAUGAUAUGUGAUUUUCCCUUCCCUGAUUCCCAUCCCCUGAUUUCAGGCAGAGAACGACAAAAGGGUCAAAAAUCUGCUUACGGCCUUCAGACAUACAGGGUGUAGGUAUUUAACGUUAUUUAUAUUCUAAACAGCUUCAGAGGCUUAAACCUCAGCUGCACCCCUACAGCCAAACGUGGGUCAAGCAACUCCUCCUCCGGGGGGAGCAACAGCGAGGCAAACCCGUGAAUAAAAAUUUUCCCACUUUUGGCGGCCUAGCGGCGUCGAUGUUGCUGCACUCUCUUUUACUAUUACAGUAAAGUCAUGACUAAGCUGACACUAAAUGAAGAAAACAAUGAUUUCAGCAUCUCUUUCUGUGUUUGCAGAAAGUUACCGAGAGUACUUCACAACUCCCUAUUUUGUGUUCAUUCGAGAUACCCUCAGCUACCUGGCGCUGCUUGGUUUGCAUUUUGCUCUUUGUCUUGAGACCUCAAGCAUCCCGUUCAGCGGUUUAGAGUGGAUGAUAUUGGUAUUCUUCUUGGGAAGGAUCUUGAUGGAGAGUCGACAGUUCUUAGGUGUCAAAGAACAUCAGAUGUGGACGCCUGUAACCAAGAAAUCUAAGGGAUCAAAGUCCGACGAAAAGACUAAAGAGAAGAAUCGAAAGGGAUUCACUCAAAUCUCAGGCAAAGAAGAGGAAGAAGAGAAGAAAGAAGAAGGGAAAAAUGAAAAAGAAACGACGCCAACAAAAGUAGACAUUAUUCGACAUAAAUGCAACAAAUAUUUCAGGUAGCAAACCCUACUUUUAUCAUUAACGUAUACCCUGGUCCGACUUUUUAAAUCUGACCAGUGUCACAAAAUGGUCGUGCUAGAUAUCAAAUGGUGUAUUUAAGAAUAUUUUUUCAAGUGUAAUUUACAAGUGUAGCUGCUAUUUUCAAACUCUAAAACAAUAACUACAGUAGGUAUAACUCUAUUCGGUAGUUGAAUUGUCUUUUAGUGUUAAAGAUGCUUAUCUUAAGAAUGAAAAACGGACUGACAAAAAGGUAAAAGAGACCAAAAAGAAAUAAUAACUGUGAACAAAAAUAAAUCGUUAUCUUUUAUUUUAAUCCUGUAGUGAUCGAUGGAACAUUUUGGACUUCAUCACCCUUUUGAACUACACGGUGACCUUUGCACUAAGAGUAGUCACGUGGGCCUUGUCUGAAUCGACCACUGACAAUCGAGCUCUCGUAAUCGCUGGAUAUCUGUACGGUCUUAACACCAUGUUCCUUACGCUUCGAGUGUUUGGCCACGUGUUGGAAACUAUCAAGGGGAUUGGCGACAUUCAGAUCGCUUUGUUUCACAUUAUAGGCGACGUGGUGACCAUCUUCUGGCAGUUUACUGCAACUAUAUUGGCGUUUUCUAUCGCCAUCACAAAAGUGUUUAUGGCAGAAAGAUCAUUCAUUUCUAAAAACACUGGCACCGAAUCGUGAGUACAACAUACAUUUAACGUGAAACAUCUGCUAGCAAGACACUCCCCAGCCCCCAUAAAAAUGCAGGCAAAGUUCUUUUGAUUUGCAGGAAAACAAUAAUUUGUUUAACACCUCUGGUUAAGAAAUGAAGAAAGGACCGGCGAAGGAGUUCCUUUUCCCAUCUUUUGUUUGCUAUUUUGUGCAACUGUUAGGUACCAGUAAAAACAAGGAUCACACAGUACGUGGUCUUCAAAGAGAGAAAACCUUUACAUAUGGCCUGAGAAAACAGCCAUAAUUUCGCGACGCCAACACUGGUUUGCUCGCAAAAUGACGUCGGAGAAAAAAGCGCUGAAAUUCCAUAAAAAAUAACUUGUCACUAUCCAGCCAUCUGGGUAGUGCUUUUGAUUGGUUGAAAAUUUGCUUCAUCGAAUUAAAAGCACUACCCAUGUCUCGGUAGCAGUGACACCUUAUCAAUAUAGAAUUUCUACGCUCCUUUCUCAGACGUCAUUUCGCGAGGUAAUCAGCGGUGGCGUCGCGAUAUAUCGGCUGUUUUUUCAGAGUAUAACCUUCAGUUUUCGCCACUUCUUCUCCCACAACGGGAAACGAGUUUUCAGAUUAUGACUUAACUAUUAGUCGUCAGACGCUUUAUGGAAAUCAACUUUCAAAAUAGAACUGUCAGCCAUCUCAGCAAUUGUUGAAGAGUUGUUUUCCCUAUUACUUGAACUUAAAGAACCUUCUUUUUAGAGAUCCUAAUGUUGUAUGGAAACCAGCUUUAACAGUUUAUAAUUUCCAAUUUUAGUGUUCUACGUCUUUCAUUCGGUUUCUUACAUCGCUAUAUUAUAAAUUCAGGGUUCGUACAUUUGUUCCCUUAUAAAAUUCAAGGACUUUUCAAGGACUUUCAAGGGCCACAAUUUGAAAUUUGAAAGACCCAAUUCAUUACUUUGAACACACGUUCCAAAUAAACUAUGAAUAUAUUCCGGUAAUAAUGGGCUUCUGUUCUUAAAGGUAACCAUUUGUAUGAAAAUUUGUUUGUGAGUCAAUACCUUACUUUCAUUUCCUGAACGCCGAUUUUAUGUUGUUGGCUUAAACUGGUAUUUGCCAAAGUUGUUUAGAGAAUUGAAAAUGUUCCUCAAUUAAAAUUCAAUAUUUGUCCAGGACCAAACCGAAUGAAGGAGAAUUUCAAGGAAUUUCAAGGCCCAAAAAUUCAAGAGUUUUCAAGACGCGCAAGAACCCUGUUUAUUUUGGAAUGUAAAAGUUUUAUAGACGAUCGAACUAACGAGACAAUUUGUGUUGACGGUCAAAUGCAGUAAGAGUUAUUGGAGGAAAUAACCGCCGAAUUUUAUACAGCUAUAUUAUCUCCGCGUACAUUUAAAUGGAAUGGUUACACCUGAUCUUUCUCUUUUGUUCGGUAACAUUUAAACCAGAGAAAUCGAAAGCUUGGUAAACUAAAGAUGCAUCAUUAUCAUUUUGUUUUUCCUUCAUUUUAGUGCCUGCAAAACGGCCAGUGGGUUAGUUUGGUAAGUAAAUUUUUGAUCCUUUGUCAGUGGCAUAUUACAAGACACGUAAAAAAAGCUAUUUUAUUGUUAUAUUUCACGCACUUUUUCAUUUUUAUUGUCAUGGGCGUUUGAUUGAAAUUUCCUGGUAAAAGCGAAUGAACGCGUUUUUUCUUAGCCUUAAGUUUGUUCGGAAAAAAAUAAGCCAUCUCCUGAUUCUUCUUAAUUUCUAGCGAUUUAUGGAUAUUGAAAUUAUCGUUAGAAAGAAGUUCCCCUUACUCACUUGGGCCAUCACGAUGCCUUUGUAUAGGGCUGCAACUUCAAGACCGCGGUGUUGAAAUUCUGGAGCUUUAUGAUUUAUUUAUUAUUGACUCUUCAUAAGUUACAAAUUACAAAUUAAAUUAAAUUAAACGAAUAUAUACACACAAACAUCCUCUGCUCGCAAAGAGCUUGGCUAAUAGAGGUGGACAGAGGAAAACAUAUAGUAAUGUAUAACUAGGAUGAAAUUAAGAAGAGGAAAGGAAAAGGAAGAAAAAUCUAUAUAAACGGCACAAGAAGAUGGACUGAAGUUAUUACAACACGAUGUUACAAAAUAUACAAACUUAUUUUACAUUACAUGUAAUCUUGCUCAGUUUUAAUUAUUAAUUAAAGUAGGUGUGUCAACAUAAUUAUCCUGAAUUGGAUGAAUUCACUAAAGAAAAAAAGGUACAAAGAUGGCUCUGAAAGCUUGUUACUCGGCUCCAAAAAUAAACAUUUUGUAAGAUACUGUUUUGUUAUCAUCCAUCAGUUGGUGGAGCGUGGUGAAGCAUCUUUCUUGGUCUUUUCUUGGAAUAGCGGAGCUGGACCCUUUAGAAUCAGUGGACAGCGCAUCAGUCACUAUCGCACACUUCCUCUUUGCAGCCUUUCUUAUCAUGGGAGUCAUCCUUCUCGUCAAUAUGAUGAUAGCCCUACUGUCUAACACUUACCAACGAGUGAAGGUAAGGUCGACCGAAGAUCAUCUUUUGAAAUCUUUGAGACAUUUUCUCACACAUUUGUCCUCGAAAGAAGAAUAUUUCUAAUGCACGCAGCAAAAUAGAACAUGUCGGGCACAUGGUCUCAGCUUCAAUCGGAGACAGAUAUUAUAGACAGUCGUACUACUAAUUAUAGGGAGCCAGGGUGGCUUGGUGGCAACCAGAGUCACCAUGUCUGAAAGAUACUCAAUCACUAAUCUUUCCUAGUUAAAGGAGUUCUACCGUCCUCUUUUAACUCCGCGUCUCGAUUUCAAGUCCUCCUCUAACCAAGAUUAGACUCGAGCAGUCUCUCUUUUUCUUCAGAUUUAGCAAGAGGAGUGCUCACGCGAGAAACGAGGGCGAGCCCUAGAAGAAAAAAGGAGCGACUGCUUCUAUAGCCAGCGCACAUCGUUGUCCUCGCUUUUUUUGCGCCUCUCCCGUUUCGUGCCUUCCACCACGUGCGUGGUCAUUUUCGUGUCUCAAGCGUUUCACUCGACGGACUAAGAAAAAAGAGAGACUACUUGUAGUCUAACCAAUUAAGAUGGGAUAUGAGUCUUAUUAUGUCCUAAUUCAGGUAAUUGGAUUGUCUGUAUGAUUAUUUGUGCGGAGUAUCUAUAAACUAGAUGGAGUAGCUGAAUGUACUUAUAUAAUCAAAGUAUUUACCUUUUUAUGCCGUUUGGCAUUUGCUUUAAAAGUAAAUCAUCGUUUUUUCAUUUGGCAUAAAUUCAAGUUUUAUAUCCUUCUCGGAAUGAAUGUAGGAUGAAUGUAGGAUGAUUGCUUGUUCUUAGCUUGUUCUGCUAUGUUGCGGGAAGGGAUUAUGGUGAAAUCUACCGUCGUGUGUUAACAAUUAUUCUUUGAAGCAGCAGCUUAUUAAGAUAAUCGUUUUCUCUCGUUUUUUAAGGAUAACUCCAUGAAAGAAUGGUCGUUCAAGAAAGCCAUUACCAUCCAGACAUACAGGGCAUAUCAUCCAAUACCUGUGCCACUUAACCUUAUAUCCAAUUCAUUUCUGUGGAUAAAACGGUUGUAUCUUCUCUGUUCGAGGCGCUGCUGCGACAGACAACAGGAUAAUAACAGUUUCAGUAGUCGAGUGAGUAACUUUUAACAAGGACUGUGCCAUUUAUACAAACCACCCCGGUAAAAAUGUUGUGCAUUUACGUAAAACUAUACAAUUUGACAUAGUUGUUAAAAACCCGCUACGAAGCUUUUCCAAAUCAGCUGAACAGAGUCAGAACAGAGUGGUAAAAUUACAUCGCCACAAAUCCCAGUCCAUUAUUAUCUGAAGCUUCCCAAACGGAAUGGGGCGAACCAUUCAAUUUUUUCAACCGGAAUUUCCGGUUAUCCCAUGUAAAUGGUAGUACCCUAGGUCAUGCCAAACAUCUUCAUUGCCUAAUGGACAAAAAAGUGAUAUUCAGUCAAAACUAGUUAACCCGAGAUUCCGCCCUUAAAAUGUUAUAUUUAUCCCUAAGAAGUUUUGAGGCUUUGGCGAAGUAGUUUUGCCCACUUACUUUGCCAGCCUUACUUGUAUAUAUAUUUAUUUUGUUUCUCUGAACAACAGAAGGAUCACUUACCGCAUCAUUAAGAAAACAAUCCUCGAACACGAUAAUCUUGAUUCAACCGUGCUUCCAACCUUAGUACCUGCAUCUUUCAUAUCAGAACUCCUGGUUUAUUUAUUUUAGAAUUCCCUGGAGAAAAAAGGAAAUACUUUGAAUGAAGUUGUGGAAAAACUACAGAAUGCGUACCUUUCCAGUUAUGGCUACUCAUUUCCUCUGACAGGUAAAAAUGCUGUUUUAGUACGUAUGGUCCUCAACAGCUUUCCGCCAACAGAUCCUGACUAAUGCUCAUCUUCGUUGAUUUAUUUUUACCAGUUUCUUCGAAAAUGCCUUGUGAGUCGGCUUUCAUUUACGCAAUAUGGCCCAAUCAUUAAUUUCAGUCGCUUUACAUUCUAAUUACCUUUUUUUUAAGCUUUGUAGUAUGCAGGUUCUCUCUUUGCUCAAACGUUAUGUCUGCGGCAGCAAAUUAAGCACCUUUAUUUUGUUAUUUGCUAUUAAGAUGAAAGAAAAAUGGACUACGUUCUUCAAGAAACUGAGCGAAACAGGCAAAUGGUAAAUCAGAUAGCUUACAAAACAUUUGCAGCAACUGGAGUAAAUGAUUCCAUUUUUCCCGCUGGUCCAGAGGUAUGCUUUCAUCUCAUAAUGGUCAUGAAUUUUAUGAUGUUUUUUCGUUGUAAAAUUGGGUUGCUCUUAUUUCUUUUCUUACCAGAUUUUGUUAACUUUCACCGCACAAGUUUACGUACAGUCACACUUACUAUGCAAAAAACUUUAAACCACAAAAGUUUAGCCCACACAGAAUUUACAUAGGUAAUCAAACGACCUCAAGAUCAAUUUGGAAUUUUAAAAAAGUAUCGAAAUUUGAGGUUUCUGAAAAACUCACCAGUGCAAAUAAAUUCAGUCCAAGUUGAACGAGAAAAGUCGUAUGAUUACCCUUUAAUACUAUGCGGUUAAUGAACUUAACCUCGUCCCAUUGCGGAUAAUGCCUGGUCUUAUUGGAAAAAGCUAAAGUUUGAGUUCGUGAAAGCCGUAUAUCUCUACCGCGCGUGUUCCUUAAUCCGUUCAUGCAUGCACCUUCCCGUUUCGCCAAUAUAUACUUUACCGCAUUUACAAGGAAUCUUAUACACUACGCCAUCUUGUUCUCGUAGAUCAACAGCAUCCUUAGGUCGUACUAAAACAUAAGUGUGAUCUCAGUUUUGUGUCGGACCUGAAAACAGAUCGUAUGCCGUGCUGUUGUAAGCAACGAAGAAGUGGUUCAGAUAACCCUUUGAUGUAUGACAGAACCGAUGUAGAUUUGAUUUCGGCUGUGGGUUCUUUAUUAGAUGCCAAACUUCAAGGUGUCUGCCAGCAGAUUGCGGCACCUGAUUGGUCCUUAAAUUAUUUUUUAGCCAAUCACAGUGUUUCUUUCUCUGAGAUAUUUGCAUUUUAUUUCCUUUUUUUCAGUGCAUUAUGUUUCCUCGUUUUCCGCUGUUGUUUUCUAAAAACCUCAUAUUUGCUCUUUGCCAAUCUUGCAUAUUCAAGAAAUUUUUCAAUGUACAUUAUUAAGUACUUAAUAACUCCCCCAUUACGUAAAUAAUGUAGUUUUGGGCUGACCGAUUUUAAUAGAUAAACGCUUCUUCCAGGCCUGGCAAAAAAAGGGAAUUAGAAUCCAAGGAUGCCUUUUAAUUUGUGAAGGGAGCAAACUUUGCGACACAUGCAAAGAUAUUAACUAUCCAGCUGAAUAUCACGGUGCAAGAUACAAGAUCCCUUUUUCUCCCGACUCGCCCCAUUUUGAGGUAUGUCGUAUUUAAGUAAGCCAGGAAAAGUAGUUUUUCAAAAGAAUGAAUACAAUUUUUAACUGACAAAAAUUGUAGCUGAAAUAUAGAUUCUGAUCGUUUAAAUAUUAUUUCAACUUGCAAAAGAUUUGUGGCUGUGAAUUUACCACCCAGAAAGCGUUAGUAUUUUUUCCAACCAUUUGUUGCUCACAUCUAUUUAUCUAGGUUCUUAUUCAGGAAACUGGAAAAAGGCGGCUUUUAGGAUUGGGUGUUGUUGAUGAAGAUUAUGGAAAUCACGCCCUGCCGGGUUGGCUAAGGGGAUCCGUGGGAUAUCACAUUGAUGAGGGAAAAAUAUUUGAUGCAACCAACCCUACAAAGGGAAGAGAGUAUGAAGGUAACGGAAAAGAGCUGAAGAAAAUUAACUUGGAGGAUAACUAAUCCUUUCAGUUUUUGAGUCAAUUAUGGAGACUUCAGGGAAUUUCUACGUAAAAACUUCUAUUGUAUGACAAGACCAAUGAAAUUUCAUUCUUCCAUAUGUUAUAAAUUUUUCCAAAUGAGAUUUGCAAAGGAGAACGAUUUAAUGAUCAUCAUCUCACAAGAGUGAGGUUGCCAAAAAAUCGCGAGUCCCAAGGAAAAGAUUUUACCUCGUGCGCCAAUUGAUACUACAUGUGAGAUUGAGCGCGUGACCAACACACCGCAUAAGCAAUCAGCAAACCGUACGAGGAAGUCGGUUAUUUUAACAAAGGAAAUUCAACUUAUCCAAGCAGCGCUCAUGGCGUAGGAAACGACUCCUCCUUCACCGAUCCUGUAACAGAAGAAGACAACUUGCAAUCCUUUUAUUCCCGGCCCCGGACGGCCGACUUUAGAGACAAGAAGGAACACAUCUAGCAAGAGGGCUAAGACGAAUCAAGAUGGCGCUCCCGCUGCAACAGACGCAAAGACCGAACAAGCAGUCACACGUAAAGUCAAAGACUUAACAAAAUCACGAAACCCAACAGAGAAAGACGCACUUCGACAAAGGGCUCUUCUGUAAAUCAAAUCGGUUCAAAUACCGACGAAUUAAUGGCAAAAUUGCUAGGAAUGAUACAAACAGUCUUUCAACAAAAAGCGAGUGGACAGUCAAAAUUGAAUGCACCGCUGGAAUCCAUGGGAGAAAAACUUAACUCCCAAAACGAAACAUUGCUAACGGGAGAACCGUUCAUCACCUUCUUUAGAUGGUGAUUUUUCUUACAGAGUUGAUGAGCUUGUAAUUAAAGGACCUGACAAUGAGGGUCACUCUCAAGCAAGCUUCAGACAUUCGCAUGUCCUCAUGGAGAGCAUCCACACAAAAACAACAUGGUCCCUUCAUCAAACAAUGGUUGGAAUUUCUACUGACAGGAACAGGAAUCGCAGCUCACCCACUUUGGGAACUGUAAUUGAUUUCUUAACGUCUCUGUUUACCAAAGGUCUGGGUUAUAGUUGCAUUAAUACAGCCAGGUCUGCAUUAUCGUUCGUUAUGUAUACAGACUAAACAUUCUGUAAUUGUUCGAUUCAUCAAGGUGUGUCUGAGAAUCGCCCUGCUCUUCCAAGGAACAAAAUUGUGCGGCAUAUUGUUACCUGUGGCUCGAUUGUCCCUUAAAAGCCUUUCACUCAAAACUGUUACACUGGUGGCUCUAGUUAAUGCCCAAGGUUGACAGACUAUACAUAUGUUGAGUUUAAACACACCAAACCAAGAAGUCAUCAAGAAGCAUUGGAGUUUGCUGCUUACCCAGAGGACCUUAAUCUUCGCAUUGUUACCACUAUUGGUACUUAUAUCAAGAGGACUCAAGGGAAUUCAGGCAAAAUCAAAGUGCUCUGUUUAUCCACUUUACUAAACCACACAAAGUAGUGAGUAAAUCUACUAUUGCACGGUGGGUUAAGACCGCCUUGCAAAAUGUAGGUGUUGAUAUGGCUAUGCUCACACCGCGCAGCACCCGUGCUGCAUCCACAAGUAAAAUUGAUACCUUAGUCCCUUUAGAUAUCCAUCUUCUACCCACCGAUACGGCAUCACCAACAUACAUCUAUUGUCCUUUCGCCUUUUUUUAAAGCAUGCAGUUUGCUAGUCACGUGCUCAAUCUCACGUAAUCCCGAUAUAUCUCUACUGGAUCGAUAGACUUACAAUCAAACUUUAACUUAGGGUAAGUCUUGUUUAAUUUUUAAUUAGCAUACGUUUUAGGUAUGGCCUUCCAAGGACGGGCUGGUUCUAUCCACUGAAGAGCGGGGAAAUUAGACAGGUUUAUUCCUUAACACGCAUUCAGCAACUGUCGAAAGCGCACUACACUCAACUCCCUUUAUAGCGGACACUGUAGGGACCUUGAGUUAGUGCCUUUAUUUGCGAGAGUCCGUAUCAGCGGAAGUUUAUUUCAGUCAAACGUUUGUAAUUUGUUUUUACCGGAAAUUUAGCUACGGAGUCCGUUUUAUCGGGAUAUCUGUUAUAGCGGGGUGUCCGCAAGGCGAGAGUUGACUGUACACAAAAAGUUUAAACUGGAAUGCUGCAACAACAUGCAACAAGGUAACGGGCGGACGCAACAUACAACUUCCCACAAUGUUAGGAGUUGUUGGCCAACAACGUUAAGUCCGUUGGAACGGGGCUCAACAUUACAAAUACGGAGGUCUAAUUAACAUAAGCUUUAUAGCGCUUCAUAAUUCCUUUAGGUCUCUUCGCCAUUGUCUUGUUUAUAUUAUUUGGAUUGUAGCAAAAGAAAACAAACAAACAAACAAACAAACAAAAUAGAAUAAACUCGAAGGGUAAAGAGUAAACUUCAAGCGUUUCCCACGUAGUGAUAUGACUUUUGCUGUUUGGUUUACUAGACAUCGUUGUUUGGCCAAGUAAUUAAACUUAUUUUCCAAAUUUUCUUGCAGGCGCCAUGGCCUACAGAGGGGACUUGAUUGGCUGCACAGUCAAGUUUGAAUUGGCAAAAGAUAGUAAAGUUCCAAUCGUGUUUUAUUUAAACGGAAGGCAGAUCACUGAGAAAGAGAUAUUAAUGAAGUACACUCACAAUGGGAAAUUGUAUCCCUACAUUGGUAUGGGACACACAGGAUUAAGAGUGCUGGCAAAGGUUAGCGUGUUCAUUUUCAUUUUCAUUUUAUCUUUCUAUAAAGUAACCAUGUUUGCCUAAAUAAAUCGCAUCUGCGCGAAUUUAACAAGGAAAUUCACCACCACUUUGUCAUUACCUCUUUUCAGAUAUUAGUCAGUUUUUUUCGCUUUCCUUUGCCAAUACCCUGCUAUAACCCACCGGAUGUUGCCACAUCAAUGAUGACGAUAAUCUUACACCCUUUGCCAGUUCUCUGUUCUUCUUCUAUGUCUAGUUUUCUGACACUCGGUUAAAAUUUAAACCAAACUAUCAUGUGCUGGCUGGAGUAUGUCAAUGGGGGUGCAUUAUAUUGAACCCUCCGUGAACCCUCUAGGACUUAUCUAUCCUUCGUGAUUUUCGACGGACUCGACAUAACCGGCAGAAGCAAAUAAUCGUCGCUUUUCUCGUCUUUACCCUAGCCCCUGCCACUCUUUUCCUAGCCAUAUGAACCAUUGACUAUAUAGAUGCGGAUUUUUGCCCUCACCUUUGCUGGGUAGGGCCUCGUUUUAUGGGCUGUAAUUAAUAUUGAUUUGAAACGAUUAAAAGCGGCUAAGUUUAUCCAAAAAGAAAUUGGAGUUUUUUGAUUCAUUAAACGCCAUUGCCAGAAAACAGAGCAAGCCCCAAACAAUUCUGUUUCUUGCUGUUUAUAUUUUUUGGGGAGGGGAAGGAUUAUUCAUCAUCAUCAUCAUCAUGGGUUCCAGAGUAGUGCUCAGUAAGAACCCUUCUUAAAGUAAGCGCUUUUCCAAGAAGUUCUCAGUCUUCAGAUUUCCUGCAGGUUGACAUCUUCUGGUUUGUCACUGAAUCAGCGGCCUUUCCUAAUGACCCCUAAUGCGCCUGUGGCGACAGGGAUUCCUUUCGUUUUCAUUUACACUAUUCAUGCCAUACCUGUUUCUAGGUCUUUGUAUUUCGACAGCUUUUUUUAAACCCUUGAUGGAAGUCUUUCUAUCAGAUAUUGCACCCGCAUUUAUGGGAAUACACUUUUUCUCAUGUCUGUUCUUGACUAGGAUGUACAGGUCCUUCAUCGGAUACUUCCCUAUCUGCAUGAAUGGGCAAAUCAUACAGGAUGAUAUAAUUAGAACAUAAUUAUGUUGCUACCUUGAUCUAGUGGACUUGAGCCACUGGUUUGUUAUCUUCAUAUGCACUUCAUUUUACAUCGCUGAGAGUACUUUCCAGGCGAAGCAACUUCCCAUCAGGUUUCAUAUAUUUUUCUGGUUCUGACCUUCAGCAGCGUGUCUUGAUUUUCUUUGCAUACAAUGAUGAUGCCCUACGACGUUUAGAUGAACCUUGAGCAUAAGGGUUUAAAUUGACAUUUAAAUUUACCAAUUUGGGGGGGGAAAGAGAAAAUUUUUCCCGCUUUCAUGUUGCUGAAAUAUUGAUUUGUGCGGAAUAAUAAAUUUUCACUAUUCAACCUCUUUUAAAAGGUUGUUCAGUUAUUAUGCCACUGGAACGCCAUACAGGGAAGGCAGGUAAUAGCACUGAAAAUCAAUAAUUAAAGAAGUUUAUGUUUGUUUUAAUUUAGAUGACUUCUCGUCACGAUGUGGACAAAAUCGUGAGGAUCCCUCAAUUGAAAGAUAGAGAUCAACUUCAGAGUGAAGAGUUUGACUCGAUAUUGGACACCUUGGAAGGAAUCGAAAACAAGUUUUACUUGUCCUUUCAGCGAAUGAAUGAUGCUUUUCGACUUUUAAGCAGAGAAAUGGAUGAGGGUACUGAAACCGAAGAAGUCAUCGUGGUCUCAACAGAGUUGGUGGUUGAAAGUUCCCCAGAUCAGAUGGUCCUAGAAGAGACAAAGGAGCUGUGCGAAAGAGACAACCAGAAGCGAAAAAACGUUGAAUUAUCUUUUGACAGAGAAAUAGAUCAAGAAACCAUUGUGCCAACAACAUCGUCGGGGACAGAAUGUUCCUUAGAUCAUAUUGGCCUAGAAGAUACAGUUGACCUGUGUGAGAGGGACAACCAGAAGCGAAAAAAUAUUGAAUCGUCAUUUGAAACGAAGACUACGGUUGUGAAGAGUGUAGAAAUAGAACACGCAGGAAAAAUGAACAUACAGAAGCCGACAAAGGUUGCAAGAAGAGAAAUAGAGGAGAAAAUAGUCCAGCUGGAACGAAUGAUGGAUAGAAAAUUUUACCAAAUAUUGAACGCUUUUCAGCAAACAAUAGAAAAGGCCCAGCAACAGGAUAAAAUGUAA